UACAGAAGGACGAAAAAAAAAAGGGAUAUAUUUAUAUACUACUUACUCGAUCGAGGUAAAUAGAAAGGCUUGGAUAAAACACUGUGAAGGACUUUUAGCCAGCAGCAUAUGGAAUCUGAAUGUGCCUCUCUAGUUCAAGGCCAACUGGCAACCCCACAGCUCUCCUCCUCCACUCAGUUGUCAGCUAGAGAGAGCAGUAUGUGAGGUGUUACUUUUCGGUCGACGCACGGCGCUAUGUCGUAACACUCAAAUUGUGAUUUUAUAAAAAGAACAUUUAGCUAGUCACGGAAAGGAACUUGCAUAUACAUUGAAGAGUCUCGUGUUCAACUUACCCAUCUCACUCGGAGACAUCAGUUUGUGCCAUGUAUACAAGACUGUUAUUGAAAGGUCUGAUGUUUCUGAUGAUAACAGCGACCUGGAUCAGUUCCUAAAACUCUCCAUCAAUAGAAGUCUCGUCAGGUGAUACAGAACAAAACAGAGCAUAACACUGAUAUACCGACUGUUUACAAUAUGUGACUGUUAGCAAUUUAAUUUACUUAUACUAAUACUAAAAAAAAAAAAAAAAAAAAACUUGGACGUGAUCAUUACUUACUGUCUUGUUCAUCGGUGUUCCUUCGUUGCAUCUUCCUGAAGCUGGCACUAUCAUGGCGUGGAGAUUAACACAGCGGCAGAUCAUCAUGGGUGCUGUCGUGUUUUACAGUUUUCUUGCUCUCACUACCAACAUCCUGGAUACGACGGAAGGAAAGCCUCCUAAUAUAUUCAAACUCCAAAAACUGGUGCUCCGCCCUAAAGAAGAAGUGCAGGUAGUGGAGUAUCAGGAGCGACACGCGCGGCUGAAGCAAGUGUGCACGGCGUGGGGCGCCUACACCACCAAGGCCAAGUUCCUGAAGGCAGCGCAAAAAUCAACCACGGACAAGAUCAAAGAUGACAUACUGAAAGACCGGAAGGAUCUCUCGCAUUCACAGUUAGAGAGACUGUGGCAGCUUAACAAAAGGUCGUCCUUCCACCAGAUCUUCGUGGACAAAAGUCACGAGCUCACCUGGUGCAAGGUCCCCAAGGCGGCCAGCACCAGUUGGCUCAAUGCCUUUCUGCAGCUGGCGGGCGUGGAAGACCAAGAGCUUCAGGACUUCUCGAGGCAUCACCUACUGCUGCGAGACAAGUACCCGAUGAUGCCUGGACCUCAGCUCCGCAGGAUUAUGCCUAUGACCAUGAAAUUUAUGAUUGCACGCCACCCUUUCGAGCGGGUUCUCUCUGCCUACAGGGAUAAGCUGGAAGACUAUGAGCGAGACUUGAAAUUCAGGGGCGGGUAUUACUACUCCAUAUAUGGCAAGAAGAUUGUCAAGGUGUAUCGUAAGUCCAGCAUCAAGGAAAAAGAAAAUUCAGAAAAAGAACACAAGGAACCCACUUUUAGGGAGUUUGUUCAAUACCUCCUCGACACUGAUGUGGAGGAGUAUGACGAGCACUGGCGGCCCAUCUCCUUGCUAUGCACACCCUGUCACAUCAAAUAUGACAUUAUAGCCAAGAUAGAAACACUCAGUCAAGACUCCAACUUCAUCCUGUACCACCGAGGUCUGGCAGACAAGGUGCAGAUCCGAUGGUCUCAUCGCACUGACCAAACAUACAAGACCUCAGAUGUGGCCAAGAAAUAUUAUUCGCAGCUCACACUGACUGAAAUUAAGCAGCUUUACCACAAGUAUUUGAUGGACUUCUUAAUAUUUGAUUAUGAGCUUGAGCCAUAUGAGAUGCUCGUGGAUUCGCCUACUAUGAACAUGACACUGGGCACUGACGAGAAUGGCGAAUAUUAUUAUGAUGAUGAAAAUGAGGAAGAUGAAGAUGAAGAGGAGUACGAGGAGGAGGAAGAAGAAGAGGAGGAGGAGGAAGAGGGAGGAAAUGAGGAAGGGGAAGAAGAGAGAGAAGAUUUGGGUAUGGCAGAAACGGCAAAUAUUUUGACAAAUCUUGGAGAGGAAACAGAGACACUUCUUAAAUUACCAGAUGUGAAAUGAUAGUGAUAUCUGUUGUUAGCAUUAACUUGAUACAUUGCAUUAUCGGUCAGUCUGUGAUGUGGGAGGAUAAAUUUAGAACUGUGGGAGGGAGCAGAGAGGGUAAUUAUUCCCAAUUUCUGUAAGAACGUCUCCUACCAUUUUUAUAUUGUGAUAUUGUCAUAGAAUGGGCCAGUCUUAGAUGAGCUGCUUUUAUGAACACUGAAACUCAUAAGAUGAAUCCCUUAUAAUACACACUGUUAUUCCCACCAUCUUCAUUUCUUUACACGAAGUGUAGCAGAAGGGAUCAGUUAAUUUUGUAGUAUAUAAAAAGAAAAAAAGAAAAAAGUGAAAAUAAAGUCUUGUGCACCAAGAAAUUUCUCAAACUUGACUGUAAUUAAGAAAGAAAUGUCAUCAUUUAAUCAAAGUACAAUGUAUCUGGUACUUCUGCAUGAACCGAGAUCUUCCUGCUCACACUUUGGGUGUUUUGAACUUACUGUUAUUUGUACAACAAAAGGAGAUGCAGUCUACCUGGAUUUAUUACUGCAUAUUUAUAUACUGAAUAGUUUGUGCUUUGUGAUAGACUGGCGAGCAAUCCUUUCAUACUAUGACUAUGAAACCUGAUUUGGGUGUUAGGCGGUGAGACGCAUUCAUUGACCCCCAUCCGGUCAUGGUGAGGCAGGGCCACCGUUAACCUGCCUCCACCAUGUUGGGUGGAACCCAAAUGGCCCAUCCAACUGAAAAUUACACUUAAUACAAUAGUAAACACUAAAGUCCACUGGUAAACUGUCCACGAAAAAGUGUGCAAUUGUUACAUAAUUAAGGAUGGAAGCAAUGUGUUAGCUAUUAAUACUGUACACAGCUAUUUUUUUUCUGCUUUCUCUAGACUGUGACCAGAGGGAAAUUAUUAUGAUGACCAAGUUGUAGAAGACAUAAACAUAUACUGACUAAAUGAUAAAAAAAAAAAAAAAAAAAAGUGGGGGAUGGGGGUUAAGACGCCCCAGCAUAGCGGUCAUAUGGCGCCGAGAGGGAGCGCUUAGUCCACGGAGCCGACUGGCACCGAACCCUUCAGUGACAGGCGAACCAUCAAAGGUGGUGCAGCCGACAACGCUUCAAGCCCCGCCACUGCGACAAGAUGCUGGUCCCUGUCAACAUACAGCUGCAAUACCUACAGACCUACAAAGCUUGGAACUGUGCUAUAAGUAUUUCUAAAAACUUAAUCUGUCAAAUGUAUUAUGCUUUUGAUUUUUAAUGAUAUUUACAUAGUGUUUGGUAGGUCAUAUUUUCUAAGUCACUGUUUAUUAUUUGGGUAUGUAGACAUGGUUUUUGGGGUGCAUCUGAGUGGUUCUUCUCCCAUGUCAACAUGACUUUCUCUGUAAGAGUAUUACAUGCACUCUAAAUCAUAACAUUUGUGUUUGUUAGCGCACUGCCUUAAAUCUUGGUCUCUGUGAGACUCCAUGAUCUUCCCAGUAAGAUAUGAAAUUAAAAUUAUCAGAAAUUUAUGGACUUUUGUGGUUGGGCUUGUGGGCACAACGAAAUUUACAUGUAAACAUAUAACUCCUUAAUAACUAGAUAUUAUAACUAGUACCUAUAUAGUGUGUAUUCUAAAUGUUAAUUUGUUGAGCUCAAGCUUGUGUUGUGGGAGACAGUGCUUGGUAUUAGUCAUUAACAGAUAUAGAGUCUAAUGGUGAUUCAGUAUCUAUAAUAUACAUGUGUUGAUGGGAUCUGUGAUAGGCUGUUUUUCUUAAGAUUCUUAACUGAAUUAUACGAUUACUUCAUAUAUAUUAAAUAUGCAGUAAUGGUAAUUCAGCAUCUGCAAUAGAAAUGUAACAAUGUUUUGUUCAGGAUCUGUGAUAGGCUGUUUUUGUCAAGAUUCCUAGGUGAAUUAUACAAUUUAUAGAUAUUAGAUACACAGUGAUGUGCUGUGCUAGAUUAUGUUGCAUUACCUAUUAAGAGAACCACAUCUUACAUGUGUAAGCUGUGGUAUGUCACUGGUCAGCUGUGGUGAGCAUUCAUUGAAAAAGCAAAACAGAAGGCAUAGUGCAUUAACUUCAGAUAGUUUUCUUACUUUCAUGAGUAAGUUUGACAGCAAUAAAGAAUUUUGAAUACAAGUACUGAAAAUCAAAAUGAUUGAUAGACAGUAUAAGUUUUAAAAUGAAAAAAAUUGAUGGAGAAAGAGUUUGGGUUGAAAAGUUUAGGGAUAAAGGAAUGAGGGGAAUAUAAACUAUGUGACAUUUGUUGAAUGAUGAACUAGGAGGAAAUAAAAGAUGUAAAUACAUACUGAAUAGAUUUUCAAGACCUUCAAACUUGCACAAUAAAGUAUGAAUUAUCUGAAAAAGAUGAAUGGAUACGCAUAAUGGAUGGAAACAUUUAAGGAAACAGUAAAGAAAAAUUAGAUAUGCAUCCAAGAAAAUGUUGAAAAGAAAUGUACCUGACCAACUGAGAAUAUACAGAGUGAAGCACAUGAUAGAAGUCAAAGAUGAGGACUUUGGAAAAUAACUAAAUGAAGUAUGAAGAAGAUAAAAUGUAAUACUGGAAGAAGUUAAAAAUGACAGAGAACAGGGAACAAAUCAUAGUAGGGAAGUGAAUGAGGAAAAAGUUGUAGGUAGUGUGAUGUUAAGAAACUGAAAGGUAUGGAGGAAAUAUGGAUGAAAUGUUGUAAAAAUUUAAUACAUGCUAGAAGUGAAGGUAAGAAUAUUGUGACAUGUAUAUGACAAGUGGUGAUAGUAGGAUGCAUUACUAAGAAAAUAAAAAAAAAGGAAGGAAGUGAUUGGAAAUUGGAAUAAUAGUAAGAUAUGAAUAGAAUCCCAACCAAAAUACUAAAAUAUAGUAAAUUGAUACAAAAUGGAUCCACAAGCAAUGAGAGACAGCUUUGGGAGAAGAGAGGGUACCAGAAGACUGGACAAAAGCUAUCAUUAUCCCUAUCCACAACAGGAAAGGUAGUAGAAGUUAAUAUGGAAAUUAUAGAGAUAUGUCUGUCAAGUGGAAGUGGAAGAAUUAUUUUUAACUUCUUGGUUAAUGGUGAAGAUUUGCAGCCAGCUAUUAUUUGCUUAUGUUUUGUCAACCUUAUCACAUUGAUUCAUUGUCAUUAUGUCAAUGACAAACUCUGAGCAACAACAAUGCCACAUCCUAGUAGCAGUAUUAAUAAAAGUUGGUGGUGUUAUUGUCUGAAGAAAUAUAUACUGAUGAAAAAAUUGUGACAAACAUAAUAAAAGUCAAAAUAGGUAAGUAUAUCUUAUUUGUAUAAACAAGAAUCAACUUUAAAAAUAAAAUUUUGUGUUCAUAAAA